CCCAGCCUCCCACCCGCGCACAACUCCUCUCCUCUCUGCACCAGAAAGGAGCAAUCUCAUCUCUCCGUCUCUUUUAUGUCCUCGCUCGUUCUCUGUCAGUUAGUGUGUGUACUCAGAAUGAGGUUAGCAGCACCAGCAGCAGCAGUAGAUAGAGACAGCAGAGGCACAGUUACUACAGCAGCCAGGAGAGGCUGUCCUUCAGCUGUGCACCAUCUACUGCUGCAUUCACCCCUGCCCUGAGAACACAACGCUCAUUCCUGUGCUCUCUCUGUGUUUCUCCCUGCUCCUUCUCUCACCUCUCCGAAUUCAUUUCUCGAAUUCGACUCCCUCUCUUUUCUUUCCCUUUCUCUGUAGCAGUGAUGGGGAGGACCACCAUGUAGAGACUGAGAGGCAACAAAGGCAAGAGCAGAAGAGCAGUAAUGGAAAGCCACACAUGGAGUGGGUCUGGACUGCAGCCGUGGUGAGCCUGAGAGCUACAUGACUUGAAACCACCAUCAUUGCCCUUCUCAGGACCUAACCACUUGGGCUGUCCAGCACUUACCUGGAUGCUCCCCAUUUGUGAUUUGCAAUCCCCUUUUCUUCCCCUGCACUGUUGCUCUCUUUCCUGUGCUUUAAUUUUCUUCUUUUUUGCAUCUUUUUUUUCCUGUUAAGAUCCGUUUCACCUGAAAUAUAGGCUUCUCCCCUCUUAUCUAUUUGGAUUUUUGUCCUUUUUUUGAACAUCUUUAUCCCCAAGAAGCACUUGCUCUUUAUUCCUUUUUCAGUCAUUGUUGCCUGUUAGAAAUUAUUUUUAGAUUUUUUUUAAUCAGACUGAGCUCUGUUGUGCAAUUCUUCUUCUUCUAUAAGCAAUAACAAACACUAAUCCAACUGACUUGAAAGCUGAAAACAUGGGGGACAUGUCCAAUAGCGAUUUUUAUGCCAAGAACCAAAGAAAAGAGAGCAACCAUGCGGCUGGCUUUGGUUGCUCUGUUAUGGAGCUGCGGUCUUUGAUGGAGCUUCGUGGCACAGAGGCAGUGGUCAAGCUCCAGGAGGACUAUGGAGCAGUGGAAGGACUCUGCAUGCGAUUGAAAACCUCACCCACUGAAGGUCUUGCAGGUGUUCAAACUGACCUGGAUAAAAGAAGAGAAAUAUUUGGUAAAAACCUGAUACCUCCAAAAAAGCCAAAAACCUUUCUACAGCUGGUAUGGGAAGCACUGCAGGAUGUCACCCUUAUCAUUCUGGAGAUCGCUGCUCUUAUCUCCCUGGGCCUCUCCUUUUACCACCCUCCUGGGCAGACCAGUGGAGAGGCAUGUGGUGCAGCAGCCGGUGGAGUGGAGGAUGAAGGCGAAGCAGAUGCAGGCUGGAUCGAGGGUGCUGCCAUCCUCCUGUCCGUAGUUUGUGUAGUUAUUGUGACAGCCUUUAACGACUGGUCAAAGGAGAAACAGUUCCGUGGACUCCAGAGCCGCAUUGAGCAAGAGCAGAAGUUUCAGGUGGUCCGUGGAAGCCAGGUCAUACAGCUACCUGUGGCUGACAUUGUGGUAGGGGACAUCGCACAAAUCAAAUACGGUGAUCUGCUUCCUGCUGAUGGAGUGUUGAUCCAGGGCAAUGACUUGAAAAUCGAUGAAUCAUCACUGACAGGAGAGUCCGAUCAUGUCAAGAAGGCUGCCGACAAGGACCCCAUGUUAUUGUCUGGAACCCAUGUUAUGGAGGGGUCAGGACGCAUGGUAGUGACUGCCGUUGGUGUCAACUCACAGACUGGAAUCAUCUUUACCCUUCUUGGGGCUAGUGUUGAGGAAGAGGAAAAAAAGGAGAAGAAAGGAGGGGCAGUGGAAGAUGGACAUCAAAACACAGACUGCUCCCAUCCCCCUAUCCACCCCAUUGCAACUAUAGCCACGGAUGGGGCUGCAGGCAUUAAUGCCCCUGGCACUGCCAGCCUAAUUAAUGGUAAAAUGCAAGAUGGCAAUAUGGAGAGCAACCAAAUUAAAGUGAAGAAGCAGGAUGGAGCAGCUGCCAUGGAAAUGCAGCCUCUGAAGAGCGCUGAAGGGGGAGAAGCUGAUGAGAAGGAGCGGAAGAGAGUGUCAGCUCCAAAGAAAGAGAAGUCUGUGCUGCAGGGGAAGCUGACCAAACUAGCUGUCCAGAUCGGCAAAGCAGGGUUGCUCAUGUCAGCGAUUACUGUCAUCAUCUUGGUCCUAUACUUUGCCAUCGACAAUUUUGUUAUGGAAAAGCGACCUUGGAUGCCAGAGUGCACCCCUGUCUACAUCCAAUACUUUGUAAAGUUUUUCAUCAUUGGUGUGACUGUGUUGGUAGUGGCUGUACCAGAGGGGCUGCCACUGGCUGUGACCAUCUCCCUGGCUUACUCAGUCAAGAAAAUGAUGAAAGACAACAACCUUGUGCGUCACCUGGAUGCUUGUGAAACAAUGGGCAAUGCAACUGCCAUCUGCUCUGACAAGACAGGCACGCUUACUACCAACCGCAUGACGGUCGUGCAGUGUUAUAUAGGAGAUGUGCACUACAAGAAAAUUCCAGAUCCUGGCGUAAUCCCACCCAAAACCUUGGAGUUACUAAUUAAUGCCAUCGCUAUCAACAGCGCCUAUACAACAAAGAUACUGCCCCCAGAUAAGGAAGGUGGUCUACCCAAGCAAGUUGGAAACAAGACUGAAUGUGGACUCUUGGGACUGAUCCUGGACCUUAAGCGAGAUUAUCAACCCAUAAGAAACCAAAUCCCAGAGGAGAAGCUUUACAAAGUCUACACCUUCAACUCCGUCAGAAAAUCUAUGAGCACUGUAAUCAAACUUACUGAUGGGAGCUUCCGAAUGUACAGCAAGGGAGCCUCUGAAAUUGUACUCAAGAAAUGCAGUCAUAUUCUGAAUGAAGUUGGUGAGCCCAGAGUUUUCCGGCCACGAGACAAGGAUGAGAUGGUGAAGAAAGUGAUUGAACCCAUGGCAUGUGAGGGUCUCAGGACUAUCUGUGUGGCAUACCGCGACUUUCCCAGGGAUCCUGAACCCAAGUGGGAUGAUGAGAACAACAUUCUCAGUGACCUUACAGCCAUCUGUGUUGUAGGAAUUGAGGAUCCUGUCAGACCUGAGGUGCCUGAUGCCAUUUUGAAGUGCCAGCGUGCAGGCAUUACAGUACGUAUGGUGACAGGCGACAACAUAAACACAGCCAGAGCCAUAGCUAUCAAGUGUGGAAUCAUCCAUCCCGGAGAGGACUUUCUCUGCAUCGAUGGCAAAGAGUUCAACAGAAGGAUCCGUAAUGAGAAAGGAGAGGUGGAACAGGAGCGUAUUGACAAGGUGUGGCCUAAACUCAGAGUUCUGGCCAGAUCAUCCCCAACAGACAAACACACUCUCGUCAAAGGAAUUAUUGACAGCACUAUGGCGGAUCAGAGACAGGUGGUGGCUGUGACAGGAGAUGGCACCAAUGAUGGACCUGCUUUAAAGAAAGCCGAUGUGGGGUUUGCAAUGGGUAUAGCUGGAACAGAUGUGGCCAAGGAGGCGUCAGACAUUAUUCUCACAGAUGAUAACUUCAGCAGCAUCGUGAAGGCAGUUAUGUGGGGGCGAAAUGUAUACGACAGCAUUUCCAAGUUUCUACAAUUCCAGCUUACUGUCAAUGUUGUAGCUGUCAUAGUCGCUUUCACUGGAGCCUGCAUCACACAGGAUUCUCCACUUAAAGCAGUGCAGAUGUUGUGGGUUAACCUGAUUAUGGAUACUUUUGCAUCUCUGGCCCUGGCGACGGAGCCUCCCACAGAGUCCCUGCUGAAGAGAAAACCAUAUGGUCGCAAUAAGCCUCUUAUCUCCAGCACUAUGACCAAGAACAUCCUGGGACAUGCAGUCUAUCAGCUCAUCAUCAUCUUCACACUUCUGUUUAUUGGUGAGAAAAUAUUUGACAUUGACAGUGGUCGUAAUGCUCCUCUCCACUCUCCUCCAUCUGAGCACUACACCAUCAUCUUCAACACCUUCGUCAUGAUGCAGCUGUUUAAUGAGAUAAAUGCUCGUAAAAUACACGGAGAGAGGAACGUAUUUGAAGGGAUCUUCAGGAACCCAAUUUUCUGCUCCAUCGUUUUUGGCACAUUUGCUAUACAGAUUGUGAUCGUGCAGUUUGGAGGCAAGCCAUUCAGCUGUCAGCCUCUAGACCUUGAAAAAUGGAUGUGGUGUGUUUUCCUGGGGAUGGGAGAGCUUGUUUGGGGACAGGUGAUUGCCACCAUACCCAACAGCAACCUUCGCUUCCUACGUCGGGCGGGCCAGUUAACUCAGAAAGAUGAGCUACCAGAAGAUGACGUGAACGAGGAGAACGAGGAGAUUGAUCAUGCAGAGAGGGAGUUACGGAGAGGUCAAAUCCUUUGGUUCCGAGGUCUGAACCGCAUUCAGACUCAGAUCCGAGUUGUAAAUGCAUUCCGUAGCUCCCUCUACGAAGGCCUGGAAAAACCUGACUCCAGAACAUCUAUACACAACUUCAUGACACACCCUGAGUUUAGGAUAGACGACUCCACACCUAGUAUCCCCCUCAUCGAUGACACGGACGAUGAUUCCGCCAGGAGGAGGACAAAGUACUCCAGCCAGCCCUCGUCUCCUAACAAGAACAACAACGCCAUUGACAGUGGUAUCAACCUCACUAUUGACAUCAGUAAAUCCGCCGCCUCCUCCAGCCCUGCCAGCCCUCUGCACAGCCUGGAGACUAGCCUCUAACCCCUGUCCUGAACGCAGCCCUAACAUCUCAUUGUGUUCCCUCGUGGUCCAGAAGCAACUCCUCCAGCUUUCCCAGACCUUUGUUACUUCUACCACUUCUUUACACAUGGCCGCUCAGUUCUCACCUUUCCACCCCUUCUAGUGCACCAUUUUUUACCACCAACACAGAUCUGUAAGCUUCAGCCAUAAAGCUCUCGCCUCCUUUCAAUAUGGAGCUAAUCUUAGUGAAAUGGCAAGAAUAAAAAGAAAAACAAUUUCAAAAAGCUCCACAAAGCUACACGACCAACACAGCCAUCCUGCUUUCGUGGUUGCAUGUGUAUGGUGGCAGCCUUAAUGGUGUGUAUGACACUAUGCUUGUUCCGGUUAGCAUGUACUGUAGAAAAGUGCAGCUGACUGCACGUUGUAUGUGAACUGUGUCUGCAGCGAUACUUGGAGGAGGACAAGGUGGAAGGAAACUGCUGAGGAAUACGGAGCGCAAACAGACUUUAUACUCUUCUUAAACUCCUUCUCUUCACUAAUGGCAUUGUUAACACUGAUACAGUAAUAGUUUGGAUUAAAUUAAAAGCCGUUGUUAUUAUUCUGAGUCUGAUUAUUCUUGUAUUAUUCUUAAUGAUCCUGCAUGAAUGUACAUUACCCAAGUUUUAUUUAAAAAAAGGUUUUAAUUUUAUUGAAGUUUGGUUCUGAUGGGCUGGGCCUUGCAGCGGACUACAAAUGUAAAGACAGCUUCUCUGAGUCCUCCCUCCCUGCUCUGUGUGGCAUGAACAUGUACCGGACUCUUGGAAAAAAAAUGAUAUCAUCUAUUAACAGAAAUGUGUGUUAAGGUGGUAGGGCUGAACUUGCACAGUAGUUUUGUACCUGAGGAAAAAGAAAAAUGCAAAAUAUUAAUGAUGAUGAUAGCAUUUAUGGGAUAUAUUCUAUACAUAUAAACUCAUAAAAUCUAUUUAGAGAGAGUUUAUCUUUGUUUGUUGGCAUGUUGCCUUGUUUCUGCUUUAAUGGCUUAAAUUACUUUGACUUAUUUAUGUCUUAAACAGAAUGUAAUUGUUUACACCCUCUUAGAGAGGAAUUUCCUGGUUUCUUAGAGGAGGCAGACUCAGAGUUUCUUUGCUGUUACUACGGGAAAAACCAUGUGCUUAAACUUGCCUGCUAUAUUGUCAAAUAAUGUAGAUAUUUGUAGAGGAUAAACACGAAGAAGAAACCAAAAUAUAAUGGGAUGCAUAGUACAGUACAUGUGGAAUCUUAGUAUUACUCUAUAUGAUUGUUGGGAUCAAAUAAGAGCGGCUUGCCUUUGGUUUUUCCUAACGAAGGUCUCCUUUUUGUAACAAAGGAUGAUAUUUGUUUUGAUUAUUUUUUUUUUUAAAUUAAUUAUGUUUUUGUUUUUUUUGCUUUGCUCCAACGCUGACCUGGUGUCAGUGCUUGUGAAAAAAGGUUGAUAUCAGGACCUUUUUAUUUAACUGUUGUCGAGGUGAACCUUCUUGUUUAAAGGACUUCAUGUUUUGAAAGUGUGUGCGACCAACAAAAGGCUGCAAUCAAGUCAUUUUAGAAAUUUGUUUAAAGCUUGGAAUAUAUUGUGCUGUUAUUUUCUAAUUUAUUUUGAUUUUUUUUUUUAAAGCUUCUUUCCAUCUAGACACAAGAAGCCCCUAAAUGCUGUUGGCAUUUUUAACAUCUAAAAAAAGAAGAACUGACAAAAAAACAAAACUAAUAAUAACAAAAAUGGAAUGUUGCUUUGACUCUUUUUCUAUGACUAUACAUAAAAGAUUUCCUGCACUAUCUGGUUAUGAAUGAAAACUUCUGUGGUGUAACUCUAGAUGUGCUUAUGUGUGUUAACCAAGCUUGUCUUCCUGCCGUCACAGAAUAUACAGUACUCUUAGCAUUUCAACUGUACUCACUAGUUGUAAACUAUUUAUUGUACUUUGACCAAUCAGACAUUAUCAAAAGUCGCAUACAGAAAGCACAUUUCUACAUUUUUUUGCACUCAGAAGGACAAGGCCACCUUACUAACCUCUAUUAGUACUCUACCUAACCGAAGUCAGUGGCAAGCAUGAUGUCAUAAAGUAGGCUCAUUAUGCAACUUACAGAUAAUAUUUUUCUUUUUACAUAAAUUGAAAUAUAUUUAGAUGAUGUUGUAAACAAUCAUUUCUCACAGCAGCUUUAUCUUUCUUUUACUUGCUUUUGCAUCCUCCCCCUCUGUUAUUGUUAAGCCGAUCUGUUCAUCUGAAGAGGGUGCACAAGCUUUACUGGUCAGCUCAGGCAUGUUGAAAAACAUCUGAAUAAAUUCUGUCUUAUUUAAUUUGAAAAAAAUAUAGUGUGGGUUCUGAUAUUUACCUUAGAAUAUCUUAAUUUAUUUUGAUAUCUUUUCAGUGUCUAUUAUUUUUUUGUCUUUAAAAUGAAAAACAAUAAAAGAAAGCAAAUAAAAAUAUACAUAGUUAUAGCAUUUUCAGUAUAUAUAAAAAAGACA